UUAAUUAUAGACACCUGGUGCGGCAUGACAAACGUUUUGGCCGGAUGGUGAAUAACGUGUUUCCAGCGGCUGGAUAUGCAUGAAAAUGACAAUUCAUGUUAAAGUAUUUGUUUAUAUAUCGAUGUUCAAGUAAGGAAAGUGAGUACUUAAAAAAAAAAAAAACGGAGAAAGCUGCUCUGCAAGUUCAACGUAAAGGACGUCUCAAAGGUUUUCAUGAUGGUAUGAAGGAAAACCCUACUUUCCUUAUGGACCACCACGGACCCGCUCUGCAGGCUUCGCUACACAUCGUAAUACAAGGCCCAGCGCUCUGCAAACCAUCCUUCAGCUACAGACGUGGGAGCUAUGGUGGAGGUUGGAGGGUGUCAUCACAUCGGAGAGGGGAUUAGAGGAGAGAGGUUGUCUUCUAGGAGCUGUGUGGUCCACCUCCCCUUGACUCUUCAGCUCCUCUAUGAGCGCAGGGAACACUCGCAGGAUUCCUUGCCUUGCCUGCCUGCCAGGACGCUGCCUGCCAGUUCACCACGGCUUUGAGAGCCACACUGUGCGAGUGAGUGGCCUGGCUGGACUUACUGCUCCUGACCAUCCCCCCUGCCGUGUCCUAUGUUGGACAAAAUGCUGGUACAGUGGCUAUCCUGCUUGGCGCUGUUGUCUCUGGGCUGGGCUCCGGGCAGCAUGGCCUACACCACCACCAGGGCACAGGGUCUCAGGGGUCGCAUCCAGAGAGACCGCAGGAACAUCCGCCCAAACAUCAUCCUCAUCAUGACUGACGACCAGGAUGUUGAACUGGGCUCUCUGCAGGUGAUGAAUAAAACCCGCAAGAUCAUGGAGGAAGGAGGCACCUCCUUCACCAACGCCUUCGUCACCACACCCAUGUGCUGCCCAUCGCGCUCCUCCAUGCUGACGGGCAAGUACGUCCACAACCACAACACCUACACCAACAACGAGAACUGCUCGUCACCCUCCUGGCAAGCUCAGCACGAACCACGCUCCUUCGCUGUCUAUCUCAACAACACCGGCUACAGGACAGCCUUCUUCGGCAAGUACCUCAAUGAGUACAAUGGCAGCUACAUCCCUCCCGGGUGGCGUGAGUGGGUCGGAUUGAUCAAAAAUUCCCGCUUCUAUAAUUACACCGUCUGUCGGAAUGGUUACAAGGAGAAACACGGUGCAAAUUAUGCCAAGGACUAUUUCACCGAUCUGAUCACCAACGACAGUAUCAACUUUUUCCACAUGUCCAAAAGGAUGUACCCGCAUCGGCCCGUCAUGAUGGUCAUCAGCCACGCCGCCCCUCACGGCCCAGAGGACUCGGCGCCACAGUACGCCGAGUUUUUCCCCAAUGCAUCCCAGCACAUCACCCCCAGCUACAACUAUGCCCCCAACAUGGACAAGCACUGGAUCAUGCAGUACACAGGCCCAAUGAAACCAAUCCACAUGGAGUUCACCAAUUUCCUCCACCGGAAGCGGCUGCAGACUCUCAUGUCUGUGGAUGACUCGGUGCAAAAGGUUUAUGAAAUGCUGGAGGAGACCGGAGAACUGGACAACACGUACAUCAUUUAUACCGCUGACCACGGCUACCACAUCGGUCAGUUUGGACUUGUCAAAGGCAAGUCCAUGCCUUAUGACUUUGACAUUCGUGUGCCGUUCUUCCUGAGAGGACCCAAUGUGGAGCCAGGGGCAGUAAACCCUCAUCUGGUGCUGAACAUUGACCUCGCUCCCACCAUCCUUCACAUUGCUGGACUGGACACGCCUCCAGACAUGGAUGGAAAGUCUAUCCUCAAGCUGCUGGAACAGGAAAGGACAGGCAAUAGAUUCAAACCCAACCGGAAACCCAAAGUCUGGAGGGAUACAUUCCUUGUUGAGCGAGGAAAGAUCCUGAGGAAGAAGGAUGACUCUGUGAGCACGCAGCACACCAACAGCCUGCCCAAGUACAUGAAGGUGAAAGAAACCUGCCAGCAAGCUGAAUUCCAGACGCCAUGUGAACAGCCGGGACAGAGGUGGCACUGCGUGGAGGAGAUCACGGGCAAGUGGAGGAUACAGAAGUGCAAGGGCGGCUCCAAGGAGGGCCCCAGGAAGAGGGCUCGGAGCCUCAGGUCCCGCAGCAGCUAUGAUGCCCACGAGAGGGGCUGCGACUGCGGGGAUGCCCUCUUCAAACCCUCCAGGAUGGAGCGCCGUUCCCAGCGGUCGUCAUCCUCUGGCCAGCGUUAUCGUCCACGCUUCGUCCACACACGUCCCACCAGGUCUCUCUCAGUGGAAUUCGAGGGUCAGAUCUACGACGUGGACCUGCAAGCGGACGACCAGUCCGCCGUCCGCCACCGCGCCAUCUCCAAGCGUCACUACCCCUCAGAGGACCUGGACUUUGACUCGGACGCUGAUGACGGGUCAGAGGAAAUGCUUGCAGACGACACCAACGCGGUGGGGUACCCUAAAUCCCUGAAGGUUACGCACAAGUGUUAUAUCCUCAUGAAUGACUCUGUCCACUGUGAGAGAGAAAUCUACCAGUCCUCCAGAGCCUGGAAAGACCACAAGAGCUACGUGGACCAAGAGAUUGAAGCACUUCAAGACAAAAUCAAAAAUCUGCGAGAGGUCAGAGGCCAUCUGAAGAGGACGCGACCCGACGAUUGUGAUUGUGGAAAGAAAAGCAGUUAUUACAGCAAAGGAGACAGGAACAAGGCAGAGAGGCUGAAGAACAGGAAUGAUCAACUCCAUCCAUUUAAGGAGGCGGCGCACGAGCUGGACGGGAAGGUGCAGUUGUACAACGAAAUCCGCAGGAGGAAGAAGGAAAGGAAGGAGAAGAAGCGGCAGAGGAAAGGAGAUGACUGCAGCCUGCCGGGCCUCACCUGCUUCACGCACAACAACGACCACUGGCAGACUGCCCCCUUCUGGACGUUGGGCGGGUUCUGCGCGUGCACCAGCUCCAACAACAACACCUACUGGUGCCUGAGGACCAUCAACGAGACCCACAACACGCUCUUCUGCGAGUUCUCCACCGGCUUUCUGGAGUACUUUGACCUCAACAGCGACCCCUACCAGCUGACCAACGCCGUGUACGAGGUGGACCGCGACGUGCUGAACUCCCUUCACGCUCAGCUGAUGGAGAUGAGGAGCUGCCAAGGCUACAAGCAGUGUAACCCUCGACCUAAAGGCUUGGAUGCAGCACACAGCCAGUAUGGGACGGACGACAGGGUUAAACUGCCCAACUUGACGGACGAGGACGUCAACUGGCAGGGGCUGGAGGAUCUGUACAGCAUCAACGAAAGCCUUUACGAAUGUAGGCCCGACUACAGCCCGGGUCCGGACGACUGGGCCAACUUCCAGAAGGAUGUAGAUCACAUGUUUGCACUGCCACGCCUUUUGAACAAAUUCAACCAAACCUUAACGCUUGACGACUCCACCCUGCCCGACCUGGGCUCCGGGGCCGGGGGCGGAGGCCUUGAAGUGGGCAGCGGGGACGAGCAUGUCCUGGCCAGCCUCACCACCAUGACCCCUGAACCCAAGCCCACACUGGAUUCGCACAUCAAUGACCUUCCCAAAAGGCAAACGGACCGCCCUCAGAUGCCAGUGGUGCCCCCCGCCCAGAAUGGGGGCUGGGUGCAGCAGCUGGAGGAGAUGGACGGAGACGUGUUCAGCGGCAACGGGCUUACCGAGCUGGACACGCGACACGACGCUCUCCUGCGCACUCAAAACACUCUGCAGCCCCACCCUACCCACAUGGAGGGCGCCGCCCCUCACCGCGCUCCGGGUCCUGGUGACGAUGACGAGGAAGACAUUUUCCAGGACCAAGGCUUCCUCCCUCUUGCCCCAAACACCCUGAGGCCCAGCACCACCUCCACCAGGAGCCCACCCUUCCCACAGACUCGGCCCACCCCGCAGACUCCGACCUCGGUGGUGCUCUCGGCUCCGCCCUUCACAUUGCUCUACGAGGGCAGCGGCGCUCCGAAUCUCUGAUGGUCGGCGCAGAGAGACAGACACGUGACGAGGUCAGUCAUUCAGACUUGUAUAAUGACUUUAAAGGUAAUGUUUAUUUUUGUACAUUAUUAUUAGCUAACAGUGUUAUGAUUUAAAAUAUAUAUAUUAUAUAUUUAGAGAAAAGCCUUAAUGCAGCUAAGUGUUGGGAGUCAAAUGAGAUUAUUCUCUACGGAUAACACCGUUUUUUAUGAGGAAUCAGUCAGUUUAGCAAAAACAAACACGGACCCCACAUGCACUUGAAUCCUUUUCCGCCUCACGAGAUGUUACAGCAUUUUGGGUUUUAUACGCGAUGUUAAGUUUUUCAAUUUUUUGACACUUGAAAAUGUGUGUUUGAGGAAAGGGGUUGGGCAUGUUUGGUAGAUUCACCGUCCAAAAAGUAAAAAUAAACCUUAGACUGAUUGGACACCUCAAAACCCACUUUACUGACAAAUGAUGUUGACUCAGAAGCAGAAAGAAUGCAAUCACGCGCGGUUACUUCCCGACACCCCCGCCCCCCCAUAUACAGUAAGCUGAGGUCACGUUAGUGCAAUAUUUCAACAGCAUUUUGCACAUUUUACUGCAUGAUGCUCCAAAAGGGCGGUGCAUCAGCAUCGCUAUGAUGUCCCAACCCACUUAAAGUGCGUGUGCGUGUACAUGAGUCAGUGGUUGCUGGUAAGCCAUGACAUCAACUGUGUUUUUUUUAAGGUGUCACAUGAUGUCACUGAUGGGUCGUAAUGGUUCAGUCGGCUGACCCCCAUGCAGCCAGCGUGGGUUCGGUUCCCGCUCAGUGACCACGUUACAUCGCUAAUUUAGUUUUAGCGCUAGCAGUGCACGUACAAACUUCGUCAUGCGCGAGAAUGCUUUAAUAUUUACUCAAAAUUUUAUUGAAAAAAAUAGUGGUCUCCGCUCUGAUAGAUGAUAGUAUCUCCAUUAAUUACUGGACCUCAACCCCACCUCUGAGGCUAGAAACUUACUGCAUAUUGCAAUAUAUAUUUAUCGCUCGCAAAAAAUUUGUACAAAUAUAAAGCCUCUCAAAGCCCUAAAAAAAAAUAAACCUAUAAUAAAAAUAGCUAAGCAGUAUUUAUAACAUUGCAUUCAUGCAUGUAAGCUGCUCCCCCCAAUGUAAAUGCCUUUAAAAUAUGCAGAAUUAUAUAUAAUUUUUUUCCAAUUUAGUUUAAGUAUUCUAAAAACGCAUUUGUACAAAGAUAGACCCUCCCAACAAUUGACUUAAAAUAUGUAAUUGUUAUAAAACUAGGCCAUCUAAUAUUCACAUUGUAAAAAUAGUGAAUUAUUCUUUUUAAAUGCUUUUACCAAGAAAGUAAGUAAAGAAUUAUGCAAUUUUUUUUUCUCUUGUUGACUAGUUGUAUUUAGCCGUACCUUUACGUUCCACUCCAAUACUUUAGGGGGCGCCCUGGACUGAAAUCGAGGCUUUUCAAGAUGAUAGCAUGACACGGGAAACAAAGAUUGUUCACCUUUUUAAUGAUAAAUCUCAACAAUGUAUUCAAGUUGUUUGCGAGUAAAGCAAAUAGUCCAAACGUUCAUGAGACUUCUGCUCCUGAGGAACAUUCUGAAUACUGUUAAAAUAUCAAUGAGGUCCAGUCUUUCUUUCUGCUUCUUCAUACUUUUCAAAAAGAUUCUUUCAUAUUUCCACCGCGUUUACUUCCUCUGUAACCAACUUGAACCUUUCCUGAUAUAAGUUGUCACGGAGAAGUGCAUUGUGGGUAGUGUAGGCAUCUUGACUUUAGUCUUUACGUAAAAGGUAACGUUGAUACAUACGAAUCUCUGUUCUACCAUAUUUGUAUCGCUAUUUACACCAUGAUGUCAGUUAGUUGCUGAGGUACUUUAAGUCACACAAAUACUAAUUUAAAAUUGAAUACCCUUUAAUAGACCAUUUAAAAAAUUGUAACGGGGGGGAGAAGUAAUGCGUUUCUGGACAUGCUGCCUAUGCUACUUGAUUAGCUUACUACCUUUUAUGUACAGGUGAUGCAGCAUGGAUACAAUCAUUUCACAAACACUUGCCCCUUUGGAUCACAUCUUUGGGACUUACAGUAGCCUCAGCACAAUAGUUGAAUUAGCAUUUGGACCUGACUGUCUAUGUAAAUGUACCAGUGUUGCGUUGUUUAAAAGUAGGGAGCCCCGGAGGAGACAAAAGAGACUGAGGUAAAGCUGGAAACAUAUUCAAACUUCCGGGAUCAAUAACUCCCACGUGCAAGGUAUGGUUUACUGUGUUAGAACCAAUUUCCCACCAUGGCAACACCUACAACCCAGUUGUCUUCUGUGCAGUCUGACAUAUUGAUCUCUAGGAGAAGCGGGCAGGAACCGUCUACAAAUGUCUUCUUGUUCUGUAUUAUGGCGGUCUCGCUGCUGUCUUCUCCUAGAGAUCAAUAAGUCAGACUGCACAGAAGACAACUGAGUUGUAGGUGUUGGACUGUGUUAGAACACGUUUCUAGCUUUACCUCAAUGUCUUUUGCGAGGGGGGACGCAAAAGUCUGUUCUUUAAUUUCUCCAUGUCCCUCCAGGGCUCCGUAUGUAAGACUUUGAGGCACAAAAAUGCAGAAAGUGUCUGUCUGGCUGCAGGACAACAAGAGUGACGACAGGGGGCGCUGUACAGUACUGCAAAUGGGCGGCGGAGGUGUAUCUUGCAUAGGACACGUUUGUGCUUUAUUGAGGUCAGUAGCACCAUGGUGAGAUGCUCAGCCCUUUUAAAGGGGGCGGGCACAUGUGUGGGAGGCCCAAAGAAGGCACGUGUCACCAGCGGGCCUGCUCUCAGACAUGGGCAGAGUCCCUAUGGUGAUGCGGCAACACGAUAGGCGGGGUUAUUGCUUUGAGAGCGUUACCAGGGCAACUGAGACUGCUGUGUCCACGGUCCAGCAACAGGGCAGCGGGCACCUCAGCUCGGGGUGGGAUGAACACGGGGCAGGAGCGUGUGCGGGCGUGGCUCUUGUGGCCGCCAGCAUGGCAGAUGAGCUCACUGACGGUGCCCAGGGGCGGCGGCAGGUGCUGAUGCCAGCGCGCCAUGCGCUCCUCCUUGUGCUUGAUGGAGUACCAUGUGAGGAAGAUGAAGACGAAGCCAACAAACUUGAGGCUGGCGGCCAGGCCGAAGUAGACAAAGCGGAAGGAGGUGACGUCGUACUCCCAGCAAGAGCCGUGCACGCCGCAGUCCUGCUGCCACAGCAUGCACGUGGUGUCGAUCACCGCGCCAAAGUAGAUAGGCGUGGGGAUGUAGGCUGCCGUGGAGGGAGGGGCCACAAACGUUAAUGACUGUUGCUGUACAACAUCCCCAUCAGCAGUUCCUCCCCUCCCCCCCAGGUACCAUGAGCCCCGUUCUGGAUGGGGUUACUGUGGGAGACAGUUUGGCUUCUCAGUCAAUUUGCAUGACGAAUACUCACGCUGCUUUACCUUCUCUGAUGUUGUGUAUGUGAUGAAGCAUCAAUACAACAUCCUGACUGAGAAGCCAAACUCUCUCCCAUCGUAACCCCAACCAGAACUGGGCUCACAGGACAAAGUGGGGUGAACUACACUGCUGAUGGGCAUGUCACAAAAUCCCCCCCCUUAAGCUACUAGUCAGUGGAACCCAAGGUGCCGUUAAAGCGUUAACUGACCACAUGGUGGCAGCAUUGUACAAUUACAGACGCCACUUCUAAGUCAAUGGAAAUGAGUGCAGUACUGACUAGUUUGUAUCUAAAUACACAAUAAAGUCUCCCAG